CAACGCGAGCAGCACCAUGCUCGUGUCGCAGCUUCCAUCGCUGCAUGGGCAGUGCGUCGAUGCAGUGUACAGCAGCGACGACGACGAUGCGCUGAUGGAUUCUCCUCCCGCGUCGUACCGGCGUCGACGCUUCUUCAAGAGCGAUCUCUCCACGUACGAGGAAAUGUACUCUCGAAAUGCGACGGGCAGACGACUUGGCCGGUACUCGCUCCAGGGCAAGUUGAAGGCGGAUCGCCCGACGAUCAUGUCCUCCUGCGGUGGGCCUCAGAACGAUACCGUCGACACUUCGAUGCAGUCGUGUCCUACGUCAAAACAACUCUUGCGGCGGCGCUCGGCGAGUGAUUCGGAAAUGGACGACCCCGCGUCGGAUGAAUUCAAACAACGUAGCAGUAGCUUCAACGACAUGAUGCAACGGGCAUCGAACUGUCCGGAAGUGAUGCGACCGACAGUCAUCGCAACCGACGAAUUCAGCUUCUUUCGCCGUCGGUCGGGCAAUCCACGAAGAGGAGGGUCGUCCCUCACGUCGUCACCCACAAGAGCCUCGAAUGCAAGCAAGGUAUCCCCUGAGAACAAAGUGUCCGACACGAAAUCUGACGUGGCAGUGCGCGCCAACUGUCCGCUCGAUCCCGUGGACGCCACCGACGAGACCGAGCUACUCUCCCCGCUCACUCACGGGACUGCUCCCCGCGACUCCACCUCGACUUUGCAUCCCCGCGAGUCCCAUCUCCACCCUCGCGACUCUUCAUUCUGCGCAUCCAACGACGGGUCGACCUCGUACCAACCCGUGGCGAUCCGCAACAGUGUCAGUAACAACAUGAACGUCGUCCGAUUCGUCAGCGGGUACAAAAAAACCAAGUCUGCCAGCGCGUUGCACCCGCGCGGCCAUGGGUCAGCGUCGACGCGGUCGAGUUUAGAUGGUCGGUCGUCGGUCGACUCGGUGCGCAAGUCGGCGCGGUACAAGAAGCAAGGGUGCGCAAUGCUCGAAUCCGGCUUGAACAAAAAGCUCCACGACGCGCGGAAUCGCAUCCCGCUCGAGUUUCGCGACGAACUGAGCCACUUGCUCGAGAAACCGUACGUGGCCAAGCCCAAAACAACGCAAAAGUCUGUCCACUUCAACGCAGACGCGAAUCGCGUUCUCGUCUUUGAGUGGGAAAGCGACGACUCGUCCAGCGACUCGAACGACGACAACGACGUCGAGGCUGCCGCGGUGACGCCCUCCCUCGUCCACUUGUAGUGUUUUCUAUUUAACUUUUCAGUCUAACUUAACGUUUUCAUACCCA